AUGGAGCGGUUCACUUUGCUCUGCCUGCGCGAGCGGCGCGCGUUGCACAGGGCUGCUUUGCAUUGCGCAAGUCAGGCGCGGCACGCGUUGCGCUUAUCACAGCAGGUGGGAACAUGGGCCACGAAUUCCACCGACUUUGGGAAUGUCGCACGCGCGAACACGGGGCCCAAGACUUGCCGCCAGUUCAGCGCCGCGGGCGCGAGCGCCGCGAAGGCCCCCGCAGCGCUAGAGAACGGGCUCACGAUGGCGACGGCGCUUCCGAGGUCAUUCGCGAGUUGCGCGAGUCGGCGACGAGCAGGGGGCGAGGUGAAGAAGCGGGCUAAGGCGCUCUUCCGCGAGUUCAUCGAGAGCACGGCGAACAUGUUCGCCCCCCUGAUGAUGCGGGAGAUCCCCAUCAGCUGGAAGGCCAGCGAGACGCGCGAGAGGGAGGGCGCGGACGAGGGGGCGAGGAUGGGGAAUAUCCAGCACAGCCUGAACCCCAACCCUGCGCUCGGAGCCACUUUGCAGGGGCAGGGGGUCGGCGAGCCCGCGCUAACGUGGGCGCGCGCCUCCUCGGUCCUCAAGAUGAAGGAGGCGAUCACCAUCGGCGCGCUCGGGCUGGACGCGGCCCGGGCCAAGGGCCCAGGGCCCGAGACGGGCGCGCCGUCGAGGCCCUUCUGCGCCGCAGGACCCCAGGGGACCCCUCAGGUUUUGGUGGUGCGACUCCACGCGUACCUCAGCAAGGGCAGCAGGCCAGCGAGCCUUGCCGCUGUUGGGCCACCCUGCCGGUUGCAAGGUGCCACUGAUCCGUCGACGCGACCCGCCAUCGCUCAGAUUGCACGAGAGAUCCAGCCAGAAGAGUUCAGCAAGGUCAAGCAGACAUGCAUCGGCGAGAUCUCACAUGGGGUCGCUGCGUCGAUCGACAAGGUGCUGCCGCAGUCGAUCUCCGCAAGCACGAUGCCCUUGCCCAAUGACAUCGAAGAGCGCAUGGCGACCCGCUUCAACUCGACCAUGGCCCGACUGGUGGCGACCGAUGAGAGGGUCGCGAGACUGGAGGCGGAGAACCAAUCCCUGGUCGAGAGGAUGGAGCGGGUCGAGAAGGUCUUCGACCUGCCUAGGGUUGCCCUACGGGUUCCUGCGGCGAGGGCCGCAGACUGGGACAGGCCGCGGGGCCACUCCAUCUUCGCCAUCAACGCGAGGGAGCCCAUCCCCGUCUCGGCCCUGGCAGAGGCGAUCCAGCCAUGGCUGGAGGCGCGCGGGUAUCAGCUGGGGCGCGCGCGCAGGCUGGAAGGACCCCAAAUGUCGAAGUCUUUCGUGCUGCGCUUCGGGAUCGCCGACGGGGAGACGCACCUUGCGGCGGAGACGCCGGUUGAGAUCUAUGUCGGUUUGGAUAAGAAGCAGGACGUCGCCAGAGAGAGGGCCUGCAAGCAGCUCGAGAUAUCCACCGCGGAGGCCCUGCAAAAGGAUGUCUUUGUCGAUCGGGACGCGGGCGCGCUCAUCAUGCAGUGGCAGCCCAUUUCGAAGAUCGAGGGCAUCCCAGCGACCCGCCUCGGGUUCGUUGGAAUCUCGCGUCGCUGGCCGACCUCGGCCUGGAGCGAGCGAGGCAUGCUGCUCUCGCGGGCCGCGUGUUCUCCAGAAAGCAGGAAACUCACGGUGGUGCCCCUGCCAUCGAAGGGGCUGCCCAGCGCGCAGGUUCGGGCGAUGCGCCAGCACCAGGUGGUCGCAGACCUUCGAUCGGUGCUCGCCCGCGCGGACCCGACUUGGGAGGAGUUUCAGGAUGUCGGCAACCUACCUUAUUUAGGUGCCUCCUUCGCUCGGAGCGUGGAUCGUUUCCUCGACCUUGCACUGCCUGUCCUGGGCUACAAGUACGACCCGUACCGCAACGCCCGCAUUUGUCUGGUCAGGUACGAGGACGGCGAGAAACGCUACAUCCUGCACGCGAUCGGUUUCUUCGUGGGCCAGGAGGUCAUAGCGUCGGCGGACGCGCCGAUAUUCGUCGGCAACGCCAUGCCCCUCGACAACGUUCCAAUCGGCACGCAGAUCCACAACAUCUCCACGGACGUGUACGGCCAGGGCGCCCUGUGCAGGGCAGCGGGCACCAGCGCCACGGUGCUGUCCCGGGACGACAAGUAUGUGACUUUCAAGCUCCCCAGCACGGAGGUUCGCAUGCUGCCGAAGACCUGCUGGUGCACCAUCGGCAAGGUAGGCCGCCCUGAGCACAACCUCAUUAAGCUCGGAAAGGCGGGCAAGUCGGUCCACUUGGGCAUCAGGCCCCACGUGCGCGGCCGUGCCAAGAACGCGGCCGACCAUCCCCAGGGCGGAGGCGAGGGAAG